GGCGCAAGUAAGCACCUAAAGAAUAAGCCAUCAUCCUCCUGCUCCACAAUCAUCCCCAAAAAUGCCAAACAGAGUCCCAGUCCCAGACACCGGCAAGUUAAACGGUCACUGGAUUCUUGGCGAAAUCCUCGACCACAUAUCCGAUUUCUUCGACGACUUCCCCAAAAUCGACUUCGACGACCUAAGCAAGCUUGUCUCAGACGUCCGCGACCAUAAAGCCGACACAGAGACCCAACUCCGGCUCUUCCUGAAAGUCUUCCGAAAUACAAAGGAGUACAAACAAUCCUUCAAAAUCCUCGACCACCGGGUCAGAGAGCAAAUCGACAAAUUCAUAGACGGCCAUUCCGCAUCGGAUGUCACGCAGUCCGGGUUCGAAGUCCUUCCCAGCCCCGCUGCUAUCCACCACUUCAGUGUCCUGGAAUCCAGCCUUGGGCGGGAGAACGUGCCCAAGAUCUAUGAGGACAAGGACGGGAAAAAGGUCAUGGAGGUGUACGCCGAUAAGAACUUCGACAACUGGGGGUUGACAGUACGGAAUAAACCAAAAUUUACGUUCGUUCCAACAACCAUCCUUGGAUUGGAGAACCUCGUGAAGUACGCCAAGGAGAAGGGCAUCCGUGUCAGGUGUAGUGGCUACAGACAUACUUGGGCCCCCAUGUUCUCCGCCGACAACGAGAUCUUGGUCUCGCUGUUGAAUAUUCAGAAGGCGACGCAGGUUCCGGAUGACUCGACGCUGUUUCCUCCUCCACAGUCGAAUGCAUCGAACGAGCUUAAGAGUAUUCAACUUGAUGACCUUACGCCUGUUUCGAAGCCGGGGAAUAAAUGCGUUCGUGUUGGCUCUGCGGUCACCGCGGAUGAGUUUAGGAGGUGGCAGAUUGAGCACAAAACUUGGGCGUUGCCGAUGGAUGUUAUCCUUGUUGAGUAAGGUGGAACAAACGCCCCCAUCUGUCACGGUCCGCAAAGUAGAAUACGUCGACGCCAACGGCGUCCACCAAACCAUCAAAGACCCCGAACUCCUCAAAGCAGCCGCAGGCUGCUUCGGCCUUCUCGGUAUAGUCACUCAUCUAACCCUGGAGCUCCAACCAAUGUCCUACGCAGUGAUGCGUCCGGAGAAGCCAGAUAUCAAUCUCGCCAUCCCCCCUCUGAAACCCGAAGAUGUCCCUUUUGCUCUGAAAAAGACAUUCACGCAAAAACAGCUCGCCGAGGCUACCAGGCGCUUCGAGGAGCGUGUCGAGAAGGACUACUAUUCCGAAUUCUUCUGGUUCCCGUUCCAGCAAAAGGCAUGGGUGCACUGCUGGAAUCCCGUGGACGACCAGCAGGGCGCGAAGGAGUACCCACCCACAUUCGAGGUCUGGCUCCAGUGGGUUCAGGGAUGGCUUGGAGGAGUCAUCGUCGAGACGAAUUUCUUCAAGGAAAUCCCAGGACGCUGGCAGGCGGAGUUCUUGGCGACGCUCACGAUGGCUGCGUUGCCCCCCCAAUUUUUCGGGAAACACGAUGCUGAAAUUAAGACUUCUAUGCCAGAUGCAUUGCAUUUUAGACGUGGUACCCAAAAUAUGCGUUGUCGGGACAUGGAGCUCCAGAUCCCAAUCCCAAGCCGAAAAGACGAUCCCUCGAAGCCUGACUGGACAAUCAUCCAGCGUGCCUGGUGGGAUGCCAUAAGCCUCGUCUACUCCGACCCCGAAUCCCCCAUGCGCCUAACGCUAGAACUCCGCAUCAUGGCGGAUAGCGACAUGAUCAUGGCACCCCAACGCGGGAAUAAGCACGGAACAGCAAGCAUCGAGGUCCUGUCCAUCCCCGACGCGGUUAGCGAUGGAGAGUGGCAGCCAUUCUUGCAGCUGCUCGUUGACAAGUGGAUGAGUUACGGGAAAAUUUAUGGGCAGGAGUUGAAUGUUAGGCCACAUUGGGCCAAGGAAUGGGAGGGGCUGAAGCUAGGUAAACUUCCGGCUAGGGAGUAUCUCAAGAAUGUUGCGUACAAGAAGGAGAUCCCAGAGUUUAGGGAUGCCUUGAAGAAGAUCGGGGAUGCGCAAGGAUGGAGGUUGGAGGACAUUAAGAAGCGUUUUUCGAAUGAGCUUUGGGAUUAUUUAGUGCUUAACACUGUGCAGGUCUAGAGAUGCUGCUAUGUCAUGUGGUGUAGAACCACGAUUGAAAAGUGGAUAUGAUAUUACACAAUGAAACGAAAUUUCUGUGUUAUGUUGUUUGGUUUCUUGUUUCCCUGCCAGCGAUAUGGGUGUGCCAUGUGUGGGCAUCCAGUAAAUUAUGUUUUUUUUUUCUGAAAACUCAGAAUUACUGGCGAUUCCUUUGU